AUGGAGUUCAAGAAAAUUCGAGCUAACGGUGUCACUCAACGUGAACGACGUCAAGCUACUGAAGGCACUUGCACGUGCGAAGUAGGAAAUGCUUGUCCAGCCGGUCCUAAAGGUAUGCCUGGUCAACCCGGCCUGAAUGGUGACCCUGGUGCGCCUGGGGUUCCUGGAGAGAUCGGCAUCGUAGGAAUCGCUCGUGAUCAAAUCAAGAUAGUGCAGACAAGUAACUGCAGACAGUGUCCACCCGGACCAAAGGGUCAAACAGGAUAUAUGGGACCUCCAGGAGAGGCUGGUAAAAUGGGUGAAGAAGGUAUGCCAGGAGCACCAGGCCGCCCAGGAAGUCCAGGAAUGCAAGGAAUGCCAGGCGAAAAUGGACCAGAAGGGAAACCUGGAAACAUGGGAGAAGCUGGACCACCUGGAAACGAUGGUACAAGAGGCGAAAAGGGUGCUGCUGGACCGAAAGGACCAACUGGUGAAAUUGGACCAGCAGGGCCGCCAGGCUAUUCGGGACGUGAUGGUGGCAAUGGACCAAUGGGACCACCUGGAGAGCCUGGUGAGCCAGGAUCGCCCGGAAAUCCCGGUUUUCCUGGUCCAAUGGGACCUAGUGCCAAUGAGGGUGGACCUGGUGAGGAUGCAAACUACUGCAAAUGUCCAUCACGGAAACGUGUUGUUGCGGCGGUCAAGCGCACCAAGGCUACUGCUGCUUGA